GGAUGGAAGAAGAAACGCCGAAGCAUAGAGCAAAGAGAAACUAACAAUGUUGAGAAACUUGUCUGCAACACUAGAAUCUACCAAGAGAAAAAUCCUAACUUCUUCAAAAUGCCGAAUUUACCCUCCUCCUUCUCCCUACUCCACCGCUCCCGUCGACGACGCCCCACCGAAGCUUCUGGUGGUUCAGCCUCGUCUCCGUUCCGAAAAGCUCUUACAAGCCAAACUCAACGAAGCACUGUGUCUAGCCAAUUCACUUGAAGAUCAACGUGAUGGUUAUUUUCACACUGAUUUCUUUGAUUUGCCACUACCACCGCAUGUUAUUGUUCAGAAUCCUUCUCUUAAAGGACAUAAAGCUCGUGCAGAUACUUAUUUUGGUCCUGGAACAGUUGAUACUAUCAAGUGUCAUUUAAAUGCUGUAGAAUCAAAGGGUGAAGUGGAUGCUGUGUUUGUUAAUGCAAUAUUGUCUGGUAUUCAGAUAAGAAAUAUGGAGAGAGCUUGGAAUAAACCGGUGGUGGAUCGUGUAGGUCUUAUAAUUGAGAUUUUUAAUGCUCAUGCAUUCACCAAGGAAGCUAAGCUGCAGGCUGAACUUGCAGCUCUGUCAUACAAGAAGUCGAGACUUGUUCGUGUUUUAGGCCCUAAUGGUCGCUUAACAUUUGGUGGUUCUGGAGAAGCUGAAGUUGUCAGUGCCCGAGGGAGAGGAAGUGGAGGGCAAGGUUUUAUGAGCGGUGCCGGAGAAACUGAACUUCAGCUUCAGCGGCGAAGACUCUUAGAUAGGCGAAACUAUCUACUGACACAAAUUGAAGAGGUUCGCCGUACCCGUGCUGUGCAACGUGCUGGUCGGAAGAGGCAGGGGGGUUCAUCUGCACAACGCUUAGCCACUAUUGCUGUUGUUGGAUAUACAAAUGCUGGAAAAUCUACAUUAGUUAGUAAUCUAACGGACAGUGAUCUGUAUAGCGAUUGUCGACUGUUUGCUACAGUCGAUCCUAGAUUAAGAAGUGCUGUUCUUCCUUCGGGGAGGAAAGUGCUUUUUAGCGACACAGUAGGAUUUAUAUCUGAUUUACCUGUAAAGUUGGUGGAAGCGUUUCAUGCAACCUUAGAAGAAGUGGUGGAAGCAGACCUGCUUGUGCAUGUGGUGGAUUCUACUGCUCCCAAUCUUGAAGAGCACCGCACGACAGUGUUCCAAGUUCUUCAACAAAUAGGCGUGUCACAAGAGAAGCUUCAGAAUAUGAUUGAAGUUUGGAAUAAGAUUGAUGCUGAAGAAGAGUUCACGGAUGUUGAUGAGAAUGUUGAUGAACAUCUCAAUGAAGAUGAAGAGGCUGAUGAAACUAGUAGCAUUGAUGGAGAGGAGGAUGUGAACAUUGAGACAUUAACGGAAGAAAAAGAAGACUAUUCUGAUGGUUGGUUGUACGAGGAAGAUACCGUGCUUAACGAAGGCGAUUUUUGUUUGCCUUCAUCUGCGGCUGACCAACAAAUUGAGUCCUCUAAUAAAGACAAUAGUGUGGAAAAUGCCGGCGCGAUGUUACCGUCUAGUCCACAUGUGAAAACAUCUGCCAUCACAGGAGUCGGUUUGCAAGAGUUGAUGGAACUAAUAGAUGAGAAAUUGAGUAGUCAGGAUGAGAAAUUGAAGGGUGCACAAGUGGUCGAAAGAAAUUUGUUUGAUAGAAAAUGGAGGCCCUCACAUACACAAGAUUCUAGCAUUGUAGUAGAAAAUUAGCUUGUUUUGUUGUGUGCGUUGGUCGUAAUUUUUUUGCUACAUCUUUAUCUUGUUAACAGUUUUGCCAUCAUUAAAAAAAAUAUAAAUAAUUUACGGAACACUUAUUUUAGACGUUGCACAGGGCAUUAUAUGUAAUAUUUAUUAGAUUGGCUUUUUUUUCUUUACUA